AUGAGCCUUGAAAAACUUUCCGUGAACAGAGCCUUUGGCGGCGAGCUCACAAAAUACAAAUUCAAGUCUGAGGUCCUGGGAGGCACAUUCGCCCAGUUCAACCUCUUCCUUCCCGCAAAUGCCGCCUACGGAAAAGUCCCCGUUCUCUUCUACCUUUCCGGCUUGACCUGCACGGAGGACAAUGCGACCCAAAAGGGCUGCUUCCUGGGUCCUGCCGCACAAGAGGGCAUCGCGCUCAUCUUCCCUGACACGUCUCCUCGUGGCGCGGGCAUCGAGGGCGAGGCCGACGACUGGCAGUUCGGCGUAGGUGCGGGCUUCUACGUGGACGCGACGAACCCCAAGUUUGCAAAGCACUACAACAUGCUCUCCUUCGUCACCCGUGAGCUCCCCGAGGUUGUGCAGGCCGCAGGCGUCCCUAUCGACUUCACGCGCCAGUCGAUUUUCGGCCAUUCCAUGGGAGGCCACGGCGCCCUGACGAUCUACCUCAACUCGGUGCUCAAGGGCACCAAAGUGUACCGCUCCGCCUCCGCCUUCUCGCCCAUCUCCAACCCGACCAAGUGCCCUUGGGGCGAGCGGGCAUUCACAGGCUUCCUCCAGGGUGGCAUCGAGGAGGCGCGGGACAAGUACGACGCGACGGAGCUCAUCGCAAAGAUGAGCAAGGAGCCGCUGCACAUCCUCAUCGAUUACGGCACGGGAGACAACUUCUACAAGCAGGGCCAACUCCUGCCAGAGAAUUUCCUCAAGGUUGCCCGGGAUGUCGGAUACGACGAGGUACAGGUCCGCGUGCGAAGCCAGGAGGGCUAUGACCACAGCUACUAUUUCAUUUCGACAUUUGGCGCGGAUCACAUUCACUGUAUGUUCUUUUUGCCGUAUCUCGUGACCGAAAAUGACUCACCGGUCCCCAUCAAAGUCCACGCGAAUUUUCUUAAGGCAUGA